UGCACCCAGAGAGAUCUAGCUACCAGGCGAGACCGAAAAAAGCCAAAAGGAAAAAUAACUUUUCAGCAGCUCGUUCUCGUUGUCGCCGUCGUCGUGGUCGCGUUUUCCACACAUAGCCGUGCGUGUUCUUUGGCAGGGUUCCGAUUUUUCUCUGCCUACAACAAACUGCUCUAAUCCCGAUCGAGUUGUGUGCAGAGCAGACCGUGUUCCAAUAAGAACGCGAAUAAAACAAUUUGGACUUGCUUGGCCUACGGUGUGCCUAUCAGCACAGCUCAGCGUAGAACAAUAAUUUUGCUUCUAUUGGUUCAACAGUGUCGUGUGCCCUAGGCUUUGAUUACUACACGGUUGUGGUAAUUCGGUUGCGAAAAGUAGUGAAACUCCCCAGUUUUACCGAAAGCCCGUUGUGUCCUUUUUGAUUAGUGGCUCGAAGCUCUCACAUAGAAUCAGCGUGAAAAGUUACAUCCAGUGCCAGUGAAAUCUAGAAAAAUAGCAAGAAACAGCAAAAUAUUGUGGCGAAGAAAAUUUUUGCUAGCACCGUAGAACAAGUUCCAAUCGGAUUCUCGGUGCUUCUUGCUUGCGUUCAGUGAGAAGUUUUGUGUGUAGAAGGUGAAACAGACGGAAAACGAGUUCCAAUUGGAGCUCGCUGUCUAUUGCUGGUGAAUAUAAUCUUAUUCCAUAAGAUUGGAGAUUGUCCUCAUCGGGCAAGGCAGUAGGUGGGCUGCCUAUUAGCUAGCUGUGUUGGUACCUAAUUCUCAUCGCUAACAGCCAGCUACAGUUCCGUGGGGCGCUGUCUGGCAGAAAGGAAACUAACGCAGCACGCCGGUUGCUGCUGACUAGCUGACUGGCUGGCUGCGACAGAGGAGUCGAGCAGAUGUGUUUCUUCGCGGUUUUAAUUAAGACAUCCUAGAGAAACCGCGAGAAUCUGCCAGAAGUGUUGUGCGUUUAUCACCACGGGUUACACCAGCCGCAAACUAUAAGCGAUAUACGUAACGAACAUCCGAACCGUAACGCUGGUAGAAUAAAUCGUUUUUUGGUUAGGGGGUAAUAGCAAGCUUCAACACACCCACACAAUACAAAGACAUCGUACCCGCCACAAUGGGAAAACAGAAUAGCAAGCUGAAGCCGGAGGUACUGGAGGAUUUGAAACAGAACACAGAGUUUUCAGAUGCAGAGAUACAAGAAUGGUACAAAGGUUUCCUGAAAGAUUGCCCCAGCGGCCACUUAUCGGUGGAGGAGUUCAAGAAAAUUUACGGAAACUUUUUCCCCUACGGAGACGCGAGUAAGUUUGCGGAGCACGUAUUUCGAACCUUCGAUGCAAACGGCGACGGAACGAUCGACUUCCGGGAAUUCCUAUGCGCCUUGAGUGUUACUUCUCGGGGCAAACUUGAGCAGAAACUGAAGUGGGCUUUCUCAAUGUAUGACCUGGAUGGAAACGGUUACAUAUCCCGGCAAGAGAUGCUAGAAAUCGUUACCGCGAUCUACAAAAUGGUCGGCUCGGUGAUGAAGAUGCCGGAAGACGAAAGUACACCGGAAAAGCGAACGGACAAGAUCUUCCGCCAGAUGGACCGCAACAAGGACGGCAAGCUGAGCCUGGAGGAGUUCAUCGAGGGGGCGAAAAGUGAUCCGUCGAUCGUACGGCUGUUGCAAUGUGAUCCGCAGGCGCAGUGAGCAAUUCCAAACUUUCUUCUUCGGCGCCGGCGUCGUCAUCGUUGGCGCCGGCGUCGACCUGCUACUACUGCUACUAUUACUAUUAUUAUAAUUAGAGAAGAGGCGGAUGAUGAUGAUGAUGAUUGGCUAACAACCACAGUUGAAAGGGCGAGUUCAAACAGCGAAAAAUGCCACCGCGUAUGCAAAAACCAACAAAAACAAACUCUGCAAAACGCUAAUAGUAACUCCGAUAACAUGAAAUCUAAUAAUUAUAAAAUUUUACUAUUAUAUAACAAUAUUUAUUACAAAUCACAGUUUAUAAUUUACAAAUUGAGAAAAAGAUUUAAAAUAUUAAAAAAAACACUUACAAAUAAGUAUCACAAAAGUUUAAACACAAACAAGUAAAGUAAAAUUAUAUUAAGAAAUCGUUAAAUCAGCUGCAGAUUUUUUAGAUAAAUAUAUGAGCGAGUUUAAAUGUAAAUAUUUUUUAAAUUGAUAUUUCUUUUCAUCGCUUUUUGCGGCACAGUUCCGCCUCAUCAAAUAUAUUCGUCACCUUCAUCCUGAUGCUGGUUUUUUCUAUGCCCUUUGUUUGUAGUACCCAACAUCAUUGUAACGAUUUCGAUCAUGUAUGUAUAAUAGAUAGUUCACGAUUGAUUUCCGUUCUAUCCCUAGUUGCUGUUGAUUACUUUCAUCGAUGUUCAUUAACCCACCCCCUUUAUUCUGCAAGCUGAAAGUGAUUAUAUAUAAAAAAAAGAAGAUUCCCCGUCUUUUCCUCUGUAUUGGAUUUUUUAGGAAUGUUGAAAAUAGUGUGAUACUACCCUCUAGCUAUUAAACCUAUACUCAAACGAAAGGAAUAUCAAUAAAAAAAAUAUUGAACGAAAUGCUUCCCGGCAACAUCCACCCACGCUACAAGAGAGGCUCUCAACCGAAGUGGUUCACGCUUCGGGUGCUGGGAUCCUAACCUGGCAUUCUUCACUGCGCUUUGUUCCGUACGAAAAAGGAAUAAUUCUUCUCAAGCCUUGAGAACUAUUGUUCCCUUCGUCGUGCCAUCUGUCUUUAACGGACAAAGAGCAGUGAGAAGGGUGACGAUUUUUUGUGCCAUCACAUGUGCCACACAUAGCAGCACAAUCACACGGAACCGAACGUGUGAGAUGUUACCGAGGAAGCUCUUCUCCGCCCACAUUCGCUUGCUGACCACCUAUAAACAAAUGAACGGAAUUAAAACAAAAAAUUAAUUCGGGGCCUAAUAUUGUGAACACGGACAACAACAACAACAGAAACAACAACAACAAAAUAUAACAAACAACUAAAUAAAAGAUGAAUUCUUCGCUGCCUCCGCGAAUUCACAUUAGCACAUCUGCCUAAGCGAUACGACUGCGAACAAACAAACAAAUAAACAAACAAAAGUGCAACAGACAAAAAGUUAUACAAUACACACGCGAAAAUGAUGGAAUUGAGAAAAAAAACUUCCUGAUUUUUCACGGUGGUAACAAAAAGGAGAAGACAAAAUGAGAACACAGUUGUAAGCAGGAAGAGUUAAAGUUGUUAUCUUUUGAAAUUUAGUGAGUGUGCUAACGUUUAAUCAUUAAUCAUAUUUGAAUGAGGAAGAAACCCAACUGAAAAAAAGAGAAGGUAGUCUUGAGUCCCCCUCCCCCAAAACAAAAUAAAAACGUAAGCAAACUGAAUCACGGUAGGAUUGAAUUCCUUCCAAGUAUUGAUCCUAUUUAAACGUACGAAAUAAAAUUAUAAAUGUUUUUCCUCUAUUUAUUAUA